AUGCCUACAUAUGCAAAGUUCCUAAAAGAUGUGCUAUCCAAGAAGAAUAGGUGGACUGACUAUGAGACGGUGAACAUAUCUGAAAACUGUAGUGCCAUAAUUCAGAAAAAGCUACCAGCCAAGCUUAAAGAUCCUGGCAGUUUCAACAUCUCAUGCGUCAUUGGAAAUAACAGACAGACAAAGGCACUUUGUGAUCUGGGGGCGAGCAUAAAUUUGAUGCCAUUAUCAUUUUUCAGAAAGAUGAAGAUCGGCACUCUCAAGCCGACAACAAUCACACUGCCGAUGGCAGAUAGAACCGUCACCUAUCCUAAAGGAAUUGUUGAGGACAAUCUUGUGAUGGUACACGACUUCAUAUUUCCCGUCGAUUUUGUAGUGUUGGAUAUGGAAGAAGGCAUGAAUGUACCACUUAUCCUUGGGCGUCCAUUCCUUGCAACGAGAAAAGUAUUGAUAGAUAUAGCAAAGGGAGAGCUCACUCUUCAUAUGGGCAACAAACGCCACAUCUUAUCUAUCUACAAUGCUAUGAAGAGUCGUGAGGAAGAGGAACUUGUUAUGAAGAAGGAGUGCAAAGUUGUGCAUGUUGUAGAGGUUCAAAAGGCACAAGAAAUUGGGUCCACAUUUGGGGAUUUUUCUUUGCCGCAGUGGAUGUUUGGUUCAUGUGGUGGAUCAAGUUCUAAAGAAGAGACUGCAUUAAAUCCUAAAGUGAAGGAGAAGAAAACAAAAGCUGAAAAUUCACCUAAAGUGGAAACCAAAAUUUCUGAUGGUGCUCUGAAAAAUACUUGGUGGAAGAAGAGAUUGGCUAGAUCAUAUGCUUCCAAGAUUGACAGAAAGUCUAACACCACCAGUUAUGGCGUGACAUGA